AUGCCGACUGCAGCAUUACCACCUUACAUCACUCACCCACGUCUUAACAUGCACCAAUCCCAAAUGCCAACCACGCGAACAGCCGACCAAGACCCUCGUGCUGGCAGCUUUCGAAGCACGCAAAAAGCUUCAUCCCCUCAAGCAGGUGGCGUGUCCGUUGUGCUACGAUACGAGAAACAUCAGGACAUUAUUCCAGUCAACUCAGUGGAAAACGAGGAGAAUCGACAGCAGCUUACUGGAGUCAAGCACUACCUGCACAUGAUGAGCCAACUCGGCCUGAACGCCAAACCCUCGCUGGACCACAUUGAUUACCGCAGCCUUGGAGGCGCUCAGGACGCUACAGACACCGUCUUCGACGAGACCUCAUCACACAUCCCACCUACAACGCAACCACUACCCUCACCACCAUCCUCACUACCCGACUACAACCAAUCCAUAUACUUCGGCACCACACAAAACCCCGUCGUCUUCCUCUCCAUCCUCCGCAUCGCGCAGCACAACCUCCCAAGCCUGGAUCUCUCCUCAGCGCUGAACCACCUCCCAAACAUGCACGCCUCGGACACUCUCCCACGCCUACACCCGUCAGCGCCAGGGAACCUCGCACCUCUCUCCUUCAUCGACGCACUUCCAGCACUCCCACGUACAGACAAAGUGAAGAUCCACGUCGCGUUCCUCCCCGCCUUCUACGCCGACGCACGGCACAGCAUCGGAUACUUCGAGAUCCUGCUCUCUCCGCGCGGAGCCAAGAAAGUCGGUGUCUGUCUCUUCUCGCCGUGUGCGGAGGAGGAUCUGAGAAGGUAUGGGCUGGUGGAGUACCUGCAGGGCAGGGACGACGAUGGGGCCGAGGGUAUGCGAAGGGUUGGGGCGGGGCUGGGGUACUGGGUGACUAAGGAUACGGUGGAGGAGUAUGAGGAGUGGAGUUUGGCGUGGAGGAUUGCACAGAGGGUUUGGGAGGGGCGGUUGAAGUUCGCGCGUGGGGUGCUUGAGGGGUGA